GGCCGCUGAGUGGCGGCGGCGCGUCACGUGCGCGCGGCCGGGCCGUGCCGGGCGGGCGGGAAGGCGGCGGCGGCGGUGCCCGGGCGCGGUGCGACAUGUCCCACCAGACCGGCAUCCAAGCUAGUGGAAGUGUUAAAGACAUCUUUGUUGGAGCCAGAAAUGGACAAUACAGGCUUUUAAAAAUAGUCAUUGACAAUGAGCAGCUUGUUGUGGGAUCCUCUAGGCAGCCAGUUGGAUCAUGGGAAAAGGAUUAUGAUUCCUUUGUCCUUCCCCUUCUUGAAGACAAGCAACCAUGUUAUAUAUUAUACAGAUUAGAUUCACAGAAUGCUCAAGGAUAUGAAUGGAUCUUCAUUGCAUGGUCACCUGAUCACUCUCCUGUUCGUCAAAAAAUGUUGUAUGCAGCAACCAGAGCAACGCUUAAGAAAGAAUUUGGAGGUGGCCAUAUUAAGGAUGAAGUAUUUGGAACAGUACAGGAUGAUGUUUCACUGAAUGGAUAUAAAAAAUACUUGAUAUCACAAUCCUCCCCUGCACCUUUGACUGCAGCAGAAGAGGAACUUCGACAAAUUAAGAUUAAAGAGGUACAGGCAGAUGUUGGUGUAGAUACCAAGCAUCAAACACUGCAAGGAGUAGCAUUCCCCAUUGCUAAAGAAGCUAUUCAGGCUCUGGAGAAACUGAAAAAUAAGAAACUCAAUUAUGUGCAACUGCAAAUUGAUAUGAAAAAUGAAACUAUUAUUUUGGCCAACACACUUGAUACUGAACUUAAGGACUUGCCAAAAAGAGUUCCAAAGGAUGCUGCACGUUACCACUUUUUCCUGUAUAAGCACACACAUGAAGGAGACUAUUUGGAAUCCAUAAUUUUCAUCUACUCUAUGCCAGGGUAUACCUGUAGUAUACGAGAACGAAUGCUCUACUCUAGUUGCAAAAGUCCACUGUUAGAAAUUGUAGAAACACAGCUGUGGAUGCAGAUAGUUAGAAAGAUUGAAAUAGAUAAUGGUGAUGAGUUAACUGCUGACUUUCUUUAUGAAGAAGUACAUCCAAAACAACAUGCUUACAAACAGAGUUUUGCUAAACCAAAAGGUCCUGCAGGGAAGAGGGGAAUCCGAAGACUGAUCAGAGGUCCAGCAGAGACUGAAACACCUAAUGAUUAAAAACUGUGUUUGUAUUUGUUAAAAUAUUAAGGGUAAAAAAAGGAAUUCUGGCUUUUGGUAAUGAACUGAAAUAAUUCCAUUCAUAGAUGCUAGUGAUAAAAUAAAGCUCUUUGUACUCUUCUCUUUUCUGACCUCAACACUUUUUAUAUUAUUACAUUAUAUUUGUUGACCAUGUUUUAUGACAUAUAGAAGAAAUAAUUAUUUUGAAGCUAGAAGAGAAAAACUAAGCUAAAACUACCCCUUUAAUUUAGAAUCCAUUACUUAAUAGCUGUACAUGUGAUCAUAAACUUUGUAGACAUAAGACUAUGAAGCCCAUGUAUUCUGUAAGUCACAGCUGUAUUCUUAUGCACAGCCCAUUAAACCUCUAAGACUUUCCACGUGAGAAGAGAUGAAGAACUACAUAGCGUUGUCCCAAUUAAAACUAUUUUUCCUUGUAGCACUUAUGGAUAAUAGUAAAAUAGAAGGUUUUCUUUGGAUUUUGACAGGAUGCAUUGCUAGAUUUUGUUGUUGUUUUGUUUGGGUUUUUUUUUCCUUGUAAUGGAAAAAAUAAACUAAAAUAAAUUUUUCAAUUAAUAUAAGCAUUCAGGAAUAGGUGGACAUUUUCCAAGGCAAAAACUUGGUAAUCUCAAAUUUAUAACUAAUUUCAUGAAUUAUCUUUUAAAGAAAUCCUACAUAAAACACAAUAGCUUUUCCAGACUUCUGUAUCACUCAUAAGUGUUACACAUUAGGUACUGAAUGACCAAGUAAAAGGAGAUUAAAAGUCGAUGAGUUAGCAUACUCAAUAGAUUAUGGAGCUGCUUUCAGAGCAAUAUGUCUAAAGUAUCUAAUAAGUAAUUAAUUAUCGGUGCAGUUGAACCUAAAAAUGUGUAAGCUCAGUAAAAAUUGAAGCAGUCUUGCUUCAUAACAGUGAGUUGUCCUUGAGGUCCUACUGUGUUUGCACUAUCAACUGCAAUUUUUACUUUCAAGGUAUUCUAAAAAUUACUUUUUCUAAAUGUUUGAACUUCAGUUGUAACGUACAUCUGUAAUUUAAGUCCAACUAGGUCUUGAGUAACUGCUGGCAGCAAGCCCCUAGUUAGGAUUUUGAUGAUUUCUUUUCCUCCCUUCUUCCCUUCUUCAAAAUACUUAAAUCAGCCAGAAUAGUCUAAACUUGAUUGAACUGUAAGUAAUGUGUUUAACAGGUAGAGGAAAAGUAGAUUAUUUUAAUAAGUGCAUUAAGGGGAAAUUAGAUGUGGAAAUUAAGUAUUGGAUGACCUUACAUAUUUAAAACUGUGUGAUGAAGCAAAUACUCAUUAAUAGAUUAUAUUCCCAGUGAGGAGUUGCUUUUUAGUGUCUUUUAUGUGACCUUUGUGGUUUUUGAGUUUAGUUGGUUUUGGUUUAAAGCUACAUGGGAGUUGCCAGCUUUGGUUCAUUGGAUAUUAUUGUAGCUGCUGGAUACACUCAUUGUAGAGCUGAAUGUGUGUUUACCUGGUGGAAGAUGGAUUUUAACCUAGAUUUGUAGGGAAUAAUGUUUUGAAAGUAGUAGUUCCUGACAAAAAAUUUAUCUAUUAUUUUGUUUGGCUAUACUAGCUUACUGUUGACAUCUGAGAUUGCACUAUAUAAUGUAAAGGUUGCAAUAGUUGGUAUUACCUGAGUAUUUUAUAUGCAGCAGAAAUUUUACACUUCAGCUUUUUUUUUUUCAUUUAAUUUUACACACUACAUCAGUCCAAUUCAAUAGCUAUUGAUCCUCAGCUAAUCUGCUUGCUCUUGUGUUCUUUUCCUGCCUCUUGCCUUCUCUACUUUGUGUCAGGCAAGUGUCAUUGUUUUUUAAAUAUGGUUAUUGUGUGUGCAGCUCAUUGUACACUGUAAUUAAAUGUAUUUUCAGAUUAACUCAAAUAUUUGCAACACACCUAAUUCACUUUGGAAUUUUUGUUUUGGUUUGGUUUUAAGGAGUGCAGCAUUUAAAAAUUAAUGCUAGAGGGUUGUUUGAAUUUAGUAUUCCUGCCCUUGUGCCAGCCAUAGCAAGAGUGCACAUACCUCUACACUUUCUUGAGCCAGUAAAGAAGUUCAGCUUUUUAAGACUAAAUGCUUUGAAUAAUGAACAGUUUGACCUGAUAUGGUUGUGUGCAUGUUGUGGGGGUUUUGUUGGAUGUUUGUUUUGGGGUUUUUUUUUGCUGUUGUUUGUUGGUUUUGUUUUUGGUUGUUUUUUUUUUUGUUUUUUUUUUUUUUUUUUUUUUUUUUUUUUUGUGCAAUCCUGCCCUAGGUAGAUGAGGAGAGGAGGUGGAAAACUUAAUCUGGAGGAUGAUGAUAGCCAGUUAAGUGAUUAUGCAAGAGCAUUUAUGAUGAGCUGCUUUAGAGUUCAGCCCAAACCAGAUAUUGUAAAUUUCCCUACGUGAAAAUAUUCUGUGAUGUACACACCUAGCCCAGACAGGAAUCAGUCAUGUCCUGAGCAUGUCUCUCCCUCACCUUUUCCCAAAAAGAGAAUUGUAUGAAGUCCUGCACUGCUGGCUGCUUCUCCAGGCCUCUUGUAGCUAUUCUCCUAACAGCAAUAAAAAGUACCUGUUGUUUUUGUACAAUCUAUCACAUUUACAUCUACAUAGUUGCCUCCACUUCUGUCAUGAAUGUUCAGAACCAGGGCAAAAUGUGGGCAUUAAUCAAAGUUGCUCCAUUAACUGUCUCUGGUCAUUAAAUAAUUAAGUGUCCAUUUAAAUUGUUGUUGGCCUUCAUAAAGCCCAAAAGCAAUGCAGCUGCUUGCAGUUAACUCACAAGCUACUAAACAGUUAAUUAACAGGACAGGUAAUUAUUUAAUAAAUGUUUAUGUUGCAAGUUUGGGAGAUCUCGAUCUUUUAAAACACUCCUACCAAUGGUUAAACUAAUCAAGGUAAAAAUUGCUCUGUUGCUCAGACUGACACUGUAAAUAAAAAAUUUCGUCAGUGUGUUUAUGUAUUCAAUGAAAGCCACCUUCAGAUGCUAAAAUUAACUAAGUUUACCUUAUCUAUUUUGUAAUUUACUUUAUAAAUAAAGAUUGAUGCUUUA